UUCUGAGAAGAAACGGUUGGCGGCUGAUCUCCACCGUCAAUUUCACGUCAGAAGAAACAAAUGGUGCCGAUGUGGCGUCUCCAAAAUAAAAACUUCAGAGAGAUUGGCGGGUAAAUUAAUCCAUCAUUUCAAAUUUCCCAAUUUCGAGAAACGAGCUCCGAGCGGAAACCCUAGAUUGAGGCGAAGGAGGAAGAAAUGGGACGUGAUCAUCAUCGUAACCAAUCCGCUGACGGUCUGGUGAUUCUGUUGAUGAAAGCCCACCAUGAUCUCGCAGCGGUUCAGUUCAAGCUGGAGAAGGAGUUUCAACAGACUUACCCUGAGAAUGCAAAUCCCGUGAAGCUGGUGAAUAGGAUAAAGAAGAUACAGGAGGAAGUUUCAGGGCUAAAGGAGCAGUGUCGUGAGCUUCUUGCUGCAAAACAGGAAUUGGUUGAUAAAGCUCGGUCGAUUCUGUUGGGGAACAACAAUAUAAUACAAAGGAUGCAAGUUUCAACUGGCAUUUCUCCAACUACUGUUGAUGAUCCUGCAUUUGCUGACUUCAAUCAGGUCAUUGAUGAGUGGAGCACACAAGUCAGAUCAAGAACUGGAUAUGAGGGAGAGGAUUCGGAGGACCAGGACAUAAACCAAUUGCUCUUCUCAACUAUUGUCCGAAGCAACGACUAACAACCACCUCAGGCUCAGUUUCAGAGAGCUGGAUAGCCAAAUAUGCUGGUUUUGAAACACCCUCAGUGCCGGAUCCUAUCUACCAGUGCAGAAUAGCCUGAGAACUAAUUGCUUGACAAACACGUCAUGUGUGAAGAAAACAACCGAGUAAGCCACAGCUUUUUUUCAGGGUACAAAACUUAAUUACCAAAAAGGCGCGUGUUUGAUUUGAUGAGUUUGUAAAUCAAUGGUAUUAAUCUCAAUGGUUUGAUUGAGUGUAUUUGUAUAGGGAACUCUUACAAAGGGUGAAAAGAUUUCUCAAAUCCACUUCUCCCAGUCCCAGUUUCAUCUUCUUCUGAACUGAUGAGUCUACUAUAGCUGUCUAGUGCAAGAUCAUUCUCCUUAUAAUUUAUUGGGCUUAGUUGCUAAACUCUGUACCCAUUAAUGAAAGCAAGAAUGAUCUUGUUGGACCAGCGAUAACUGUUUAUCUUGUAAACCUCUAUUUCUUGGUUUCGUACAACAUUAUUCGACUCGUUACUUCAAAAGAUAUCAUCCCUACUUACUUCAAAUCACUCGUACUAUCUUCCAGCUAAUAUCAUUAUAUAGUGGUAUGCAAAAAUUCGUGGUUACUGAAACAAAUCUAAUUUCAAGUGACAACAUGUUACGGUCUGUUUCCCUUUCCACUAUCUUACUUCUGUUUUUCUUGUUCUACUUUGUCACAAAGCUAAUGGCUCCUUUCUUGGCAAUCAUAAUGUAAAUUUCAAACCCUAAUUAGAAAACAAUGUCAUAAUCAUCCAGACUCCCUCCAUUGCUCUCACCCGUCGACACGUGGACCUCCAUUUGACCUCUUCACCAUGUAUUUCAUGACUACUUUAUUAGUUCAUACACUACCAUUGGGGGUGGUAGUUCGGUUAUUUCGGUUAUAACCGAUAACCGAUUGAUCGGUUAUCGGCUAAUCGAAAUAAACACCCCCUACCGAAAACUGACCGAAAUAGGUUUCGGUUUCUCGGUUACUUCUGUUAUCGGUUAACCAAACCACUUUUAAGACCAACAAAUAUUUUGGUCAGCUUCCGAUAACCGACCAAAAUUCGAUUACUUUGGUUACCGGUUAGUGGAUAACCGGCCGGUUAACCGAUAACCGGUAACCGAACUGCCACCCCUAACUAUCAUAAAUUAUUGCUCAUCACCAAGUCAAACCAUGCCUGGUCGUCUUGUAUUCAAUUCCACAUAAUUAGCUUGCAAAAGGUCCAACCUUUUGUCACCACCCAAAAGUCCAACCCUAACACCGCCCCACUCCUAUUUGCCCUGAUUUUCUGCCAAUCGAGUUCCCUCUUGUAUCAGUCAAAUAGGAAGUUGGGAAGAAGAAGAAGACUACAUUCUGAUUUCUGGAACCUAGUAACCUACCAUCAUUUGUCCCUUCAAAUGUUCCCUCUGGAAAAGGUUGACUCUCCGCCUACUAAAAAAGGUGAGUCAAGAACAUAAACAAUUGGGUCACUUAAUUUGGGGUUACCUGGCCAAUCGGUCACUAAACUUUUUUAUUUUUAUUUUAUGUAUGACAAAGUUGUUUCUCAAGUGAUUGUCUAACACAUGUUGACGCGAUGGAAGCGAUGCAUUCAAUGGCGGAGGCUCUUCUGGAGGAAAGGUUGUACCUUUUUAUGUGUUUUCUCGUUUCGUUCAUGUUAUUUUGCUCUUCUUAACUUUUCACAAAGUUGUGGUCAGUCUACCGACAAAAUAGACUCUUUGAAUAGAUAAUUCGUUUGUCU